AUGUUCACAGAAUCGGCAGAUGGGCCUGACAAUUCUAUGAUUAAGCAUUUCUCUAAAGAGUGCCUCCAAGCUGCGCUGAGACACCUUGACGAUCGACUGGCAGCUAACAAGUGGCUGGCUGCUGGGGAAUUCACAUUGGCGGACAUAUUGACAGUAUUUAUCAUCACCACACAGCGCUAUUUCGGACCACAAGUUAGUCUCAAAGGCUUUGGCAACUUGCUCAGAUGGCUCGGUGACUGUACUGCGCGGCUGGCAUAUCAACGUGUCAUGCAGAAGGGCGAUCUGGUCCUGGACCGGCCGGACGCGCCUGAGGUCAGCCUUCUGGCAGCUGGUGGAACGAAAAGCAGCCAGUGGAAGAACUGA